CUUCUGAGCUAAACAGGAAGUUACCAGCAUUAAACAUCUACUCCAGAGCUAGGUGUAGUCUCAGUCCUGGUAUCGGACAGCUGCUAGUUUGAGCUUUCAUGACUAAAGGAAGCAAAAUUACGACGACAUGUCGGACCACAAAGUGUGUUCAGCAGUGAGGAAAGCCGGCUGUUUCCUCGCUCUCUUUCUUGUUGUUUUUGUCUCCUCUGUCAGCAACGAAGCUCCUCAGAGCAGCACAGCAGAACCGGAGGAACUGGAGACCUAUAAUACUUACUAUAAUUAUGUUCAGCUCACCGGCCGUCUGAAAGCUCUGGCCCGGAGUUAUCCACACAUCGCUAAUUUAAGCAGCAUCGGCCGCUCGGUUGGGAACAGGGAGUUAUGGGUGAUGCGGAUCACCAAGGAGCCUUUAAGCGACGUGCCGGGCAAACCCAAAUUCAAAUACGUGGGGAACAUGCACGGGGACGAGACGAUCUCACGCCAGGUGCUGGUCUAUCUGCUGGAGUAUCUGCUGAGGGGGUACGGAGUGGAUCCGCGGGUCACGGAACUCGUCAACAACACGGAUAUUUACAUCAUGCCGAGCAUGAACCCAGACGGCUUUGAAAAGUCGGUGGAGGGCGACUGUAUAGGACAAACCGGGGGCAGAAAUAACGCCAAAAACCGCGACCUUAACAGGAACUUUCCAGACCAGUUCAUUCAGAUAACCGUGAAUGAAGAUGAAGUCCCAGAAAACACGGCCAUGAUGAAGUGGAUUCUGAAUAACAAGUUUGUCUUGUCUGGAAAUUUGCAUGGUGGUACCGUAGUGGCCAGUUACCCAUUUGAUGACUCAACCCAGCACACCUCUACUGGCAUCUACAGCAGCUCUCCUGACGACGCUCUCUUCCGCUACCUAGCACUGGUUUAUGCCAGGAAUCACCCGAUCAUGAAGACAGGGGAGCCCAAGUGUGCUGGAGAACCUGACGAGACCUUCAAGGAUGGCAUCACUAAUGGUGCCCAGUGGUACGAUGUUCCAGGAGGAAUGCAGGACUACAAUUAUUUAAAAGGGAACUGCUUGGAAAUCACCAUGGAGCUGAGUUGCUGCAAGUAUCCCCCCGCUUCAGAGUUAAGAACAGAGUGGGAGAACAACCGAGAGUCUCUGCUGGCUUACAUGGAGCAGGUUCACAUUGGUGUAAAAGGUUUUGUCCAUGAAGCCAGAACCGGCGCUCCUCUUUCUGAUGCAGUCAUCUUGGUGGCAGGCAUUAACCACAACAUAACCACUGGUCACUUUGGUGACUAUUACAGACUGCUGCUGCCAGGAACCUACAAUAUCACAGCUGUAGCCUCUGAGUGUGUUCCAAUGACUGUGCCUGGAGUGCAAGUAAUUAAAGGCAAAGCUACAGAACUCAACUUCACACUAGCACCUCUAAGCAAUGAUGAUGUGAGCCCCACAACCACUUUGUCUACUACACCCUCUACCACCCCUAUAACCAAUAGCAGCAACAGUCAUUCCAGCUCCAGCAUACCCAGUGACAGUACAGGGGCUACUGAUGUGUCUUCAACCAGCUCUGUGCCAGAGCCAGAGCCACAGCCGCAGCAGCCUCAGGAGUUCCGCCAUCACCACAACAGCGACAUGGAGCUCUUCCUGCAGAGAUUCAACGCUAAGUAUCCCUCCAUCACACGUCUCUACUCCAUUGGCAAGUCCGUUCAGGACCGUUUGCUUUGGGUCAUGGAGAUCUCUGACAACCCGGGCCAACACGAGCAAGGUGAACCAGAGUUUAAGUACAUUGCUAACAUGCACGGCAAUGAAGUGGUGGGACGAGAGCUGCUUCUAAACCUGAUCGAGUACCUGUGCCGUAACUAUGGCAGCGACCCUGAGGUCACUCAGCUCGUCAACAACACCCGCAUCCACAUCAUGCCCUCCAUGAACCCAGAUGGCUAUGAAAUUGCACAAGAGGGGGAUGUUGGUGGCGUACAAGGGCGUAAUAACAGCAACAACUACGACCUAAACCGCAAUUUUCCUGACCAGUUCCAAACCAUUACCGAACCCAGACAGCCGGAGACCAUAGCAGUGAUGAACUGGGCUAAAAGCUACCCAUUUGUGCUGUCGGCUAACCUGCACGGAGGAUCUCUUGUGGUGAAUUACCCGUAUGACGAUGAUCCAGAGGGCAUCAGUAGAUACAGCGGGUCUCCAGAUGAUGCUACGUUUAAAAUGGUCGCCCUUGCUUACUCGCGGGAAAAUCCACUGAUGCAUAAAGGGCACCCUUGUAAAGAUGUAAAAGAAUACCCAGACGAGUACUUCAGGGACGGUAUUACUAAUGGGGCUGCUUGGUACAAUGUGCCUGGUGGUAUGCAGGACUGGAACUAUCUUAACACUAACUGCUUUGAGGUGACUAUAGAGCUGGGCUGUGUGAAGUAUCCUCCAGCACACGAGCUGCCACAGUAUUGGGAGCACAACCGGAGAUCUCUGCUGCAGUUUAUUCACCAGGUACACAGAGGAGUGAAGGGGAUGGUUAGUGACAGUAAGGAUGGGACUGGUAUCCCCAAUGCCACCAUCACUGUAGAAGGCAUCAACCACCCUGUCACCACCAACAGAGCUGGAGAUUACUGGCGUCUGCUUGUACCUGGAACAUACCACCUAACUGCCUCCGCUCAAGGCUACAAGUCUAUUGUCACGUACGCCACUGUGCCUGACGGUGACGCGGAGGUUGUGGACUUUAAGCUGACCCGCAUACAGAGUGACACGAGCAGCCCUGUUGUCCAUCCAGACUCCAGUGAGGAGGAGUUCCAGAGCUUCAUCAAGCAGCUCUCGGUGGGACCUGGACUGGACCAGCUCAUCCAGAGCAUAGACACCACGACCAGCUUCCGCUAUCGUGGCUGCAGGGAGCUGUCCGAGUUCCUGCGAAGCCUCAAUCUCAACUUCCCCAAUAUCACUUCUCUACGCAGUCUUGGUCAAAGUGUGGAGGUCAGGAACAUCUGGGCCCUGGAGAUCACAAACACCCCUGAGGUGCCAGAGCCGUCCAAGCCCAAGAUCCGGUUUGUGGCUGGCAUCCAUGGAAAUGCUCCGGUGGGCACGGAGCUGCUGCUGGAGUUUGCUGCUUAUCUGUGUAUCAACUAUGGCAAGAAUGCUGCUGUUACCACGUUAAUCAACAAGACAAGAAUCAUUAUCCUUCCUUCCAUUAACCCAGACGGUCGUGAGCUCGCUAAAGAAAGAGACUGCUCCUCCACUUUGGGUAUGACCAAUGCACAUGGCAAAGAUCUCGACACUGAUUUCUUUGGUAAUGCAUCCCAGCGCUCCGCAGAAGCUCAGCCUGAGACUCGUGCUGUGAUGGAUCUGAUACAGGAGAAGGGCUUCACUCUGUCAGUGGCUUUGGACGGAGGCUCUGUACUGGUUACCUACCCCUACGACAAACCAGUUCAACCAGUUGAAUAUGAGAGUACCCUGAGGUAUUUGGCUACCGUAUAUGCCAACAACCAUCCCACAAUGCAUUUAGGAGACGCUGGAUGCCCAAACAACGGCCAGAUGGGAAACAUCCCUGAUGGAGUGUUGCGGGCAGCAGAGAUGCACAGUCACAUGGGCAGCAUGAAGGACUUCAGUGUGGACUUUGGUCACUGUCCUGAGAUUACAGUAUAUACCAGCUGUUGCCUGUUCCCCCCAGCUGAUCAGCUGCCCACCCUUUGGGCUGAGAACAGGAAGUCUCUGCUCAGCAUGCUGGUAGAGGUGCACAAAGGAGUUCGUGGAAUUGUAAUGGACAAGAAUGGCAAGCCUAUAGUGGGGGCGAUGAUCGUGCUGAAUGGUGGUGUGCGAGUGUUCACCAAUGAGGGAGGAUACUUCCACGCCCUGCUGGCUCCAGGAUCACACAGCAUUGAAGCAGUAGCAGAGGGAUAUCAACAGCAACGACAGAAGGUGAUUGUCUCAUCGUAUGAGGCAGCGGUCUCCAUUGUUAUUGAGUUUGAUAUGGACAACCGCAUCUUCGGUUUACCACGAGAGUUAGUGGUGGCAUCUGCAGCUGCGGCUAUGACUGCUCUGGCCAUUACUGCCUGCAUCAUCUGGUGCGUGUGCUCAGCCAAGUCCAACAGACAGAAGGACGGCUUCCACCGUCUGCGCCAGCACCGGGAUGACUAUGAAGACGAGAUCCGGCUCACGUCCAUGGGCUCCAAGAAGUCCCUGCUGAGCAACGAGUUCCAGGACGACAGUGAAAGCGAUGAAGACACUCUGUACGCCAACAAACUCUGAUAUUUAACUCCCACAAUGCUCACAUCCUAUGUUGCCACCUUACUGAAAUCUCUGAGAGACACAGAAGACCCAUGGUUGAACUGGUCUCUGUCCAAACCAGCAGGGGGUGCUCAACUCACAGGUCUGUCUGCACAGACUGCCCUGAAAUCCAUCCCAGGAUGCACUUGGGACUAGUGACAUGGGGUUGACUGUUUCACAUGUUAAUGUAUGCAACCUUCCAAUCUGCUGUCAACCAACACGCUAUUUAUUUGAGGCUAAAUUAUACUUGUUUAUAUUGUGGAACUAUUCUGCACAUCUCUUACAGUCAAUACAUCACUAACUCCGUUGCCCACGUGAACAAAAACUCAGCAGGAUUACUAAACACAGUGCCUUGUUUUGAUUGGCCUGAGCCAUUUCAGCCUGUCGGCCGUUGCUGAGGUGUGAAGUUCAGUGUAAUGUGUGUAAGUUCUCUACUUGGAAGCACUCUGCGUUCGGGUCGUAAUCAGGAAUCUGACUAUUAUUCCUUUUUUGAUUCCCAUUGUCCCACACAGUAUGUGACAAAGAAUGUACAUAAAUCAUUUUAGAGCAGAAGUGCUGUGUUUGAUUUCUAAUACUGGGAUCAAUUAUGGGUAAGUGUGAGCCUCAAAACCUCAAUGCUGAGAUUCUUUUGAUUUUUAUUUUAAGUGGCUAUACUUUUUCAGUGGCUAUACUUUUUUAAAGUGCUUUUCUACUGGACAGUGCAGUAUAAUAAUAAUCUGUGAUGCUGUAUUUUGUCAUGGUUUUCAUUUCCAUGUUCGGUGUACUGUAACUGAACAUUUACCCUCCUUUCCAGAGUAACAAGUGAAUCCGACAGACAUAUGGGAGAAGUUUAAAUUCGUCCAGACCAGUGUCAAUCUGAAGUUGUCAAUCAAAUUCAAAAGUUGAAUUGUUAAUCAGAAUUGUCGAUCGAGUCCGACAACCUGCUCAGAUUCAGGUUUUAGUAAUAGUUUACUGUUGGAAUUAUUUUAUUUAUACACCCAUGGUAAUGAUGCCUUGUAGCAUUGUAUUUCGUGCACUAAAUAUGUGUAAGGAAUAAAAUAUGACAGGGCUGACUUCCUGAAGUGUUUUAUUCCUCUUAUACCAGCCACCAGUUUGACAAACAUUUCUUACAAUUCUUACUUUAUUAAUGAAUUUUCACUUUAUUAAUGUGCAUUUUAGCUGUUUAUUGUUUCAUUUAACAUUGUGGAACAUCCACUACACAAGUUAUUUAAAAAAAAAAAACAACAAAAAAAAAAACAACAGCUAUAAACAGUGUCAUUCCUUCACCAGCCUCUCUUUUUUCAUCUCUCUUGAAAUUAGGACAAAAGAAAACCCAGCUUGUCAUGUUACACCGAAACUGGAAAGCGCAAACUCUUCUAUCCUGAAGACUUUUCCGGUGGUGGAAAUUCGUUCCAUAAGUGUUAAAUCUUACAGAAAGCUUCACCAUAUCAACUAUUAUUAAACAUUUUUCUUCCUGCUGCCUGUAUAAAAAAAUUAUUUUCUGACCAGUCAGAUUUAAGAAUUCAGCAGCACUACGGGGUAAGCUCAAUUGACAUUCAUUUGAGAUUCAUUUUGUUGUAAUUAAGUGUCAUUUCACCGAAUACUAAGAUUAAAGUAUUGAGAAAGUUGGCUCCCUUAAUUUACGCAAGCUUACAAAUUUUUGUCUUGUGCCUAAUAUGAGCCCAAAGAGGCAACCAAACCCACUUUAAUGUAAAAUGAGCUAUAUGGCUGUUAUUUUCUUGACAAAGACAAUCAGUUUGUAAGUUUUGUGUAGUGUAGUUGGUUACAGAAUGAGUACUCUAUAAGCUGACUUCUCAUCAACUAACUGCUCAUCACUGCACUUUCGCACAAGAGUUGUUCAUGGAUUCGUAGUUACCGUAAGCGGCUCUUGACCAAGAUGCUCUUGAUCUUCGUUCUUGACUGAGAUGAGCAAAACUCUCUAGUCCCCAUCUCCAAACCUCCAGAGAAGUCCUCUUACUUUCACAUGUACUUACUAACCAUUCACAUGUGAAUUACUAACCACACUGUCCAGUAGAAAAACAUUCUUAGUUAGCCAAGAAUUCCAGAGUCUGUUAUUAGUUUGUUGAACGUAGUUUCAUAUUGUAGCAUAAUAUUCGAUCACAGUGGUGUGAGUAUUUGGCUUGCCAAGUAAUUUUAUUUUCUCCCAAUGUAGAAUGUGUUGGAUAUGCGUCCAAAGAUACACUCAUAAAUACAUUAAACCUCACGUGAAAAGUUUAUCAAGCCACAGCCAAGUAGUCUGUUGACAUCGUUUUAGUUCUCAGAUAAUCCAGAUGUUUUGAGAAUAAAUGAAGUUGUAAGCAUUUUCACAUUUCCAACAGUGGCUUAAAUAAGCAUGCUCUCAAAAGCUAACAUCAUUUGUUUUUUCAUUUUUUUUCUAAUUUCAGUUUGCACUUAUUUACUGGUGCUUGUGGGUAAAUUGCAUAUCUGAAAUCAUUCAAAUUACACACUGUUUCAAUUUGCACAAUGACUGGGAACCAUAAUCUUUGGUUUUCAUCAAACCAAAUGAUCACUUAGAAAUUUGUAUCCACCUGGAAGUGGCUUUGCUAUAUCUCUCUUACUGCCAGUUAACAUCCAGUGAUUAUAAAAUAGCAUUAAAGUUCCACAUUUCUACUUACUUAUGCAGAUUUGAAUAAAUACAAAGCACAGGCAAAGGAAUGGAUAUUAGCCAUGUAUGUCAGUGUUUAAGUAAUCAGGGUAACCUUUUUUUCUUGAACUGCCUCCAUUCUUGAGAAUUACAUCUUAUAGUGUUUUUAGGAAAUGUCUAUGGGUGAUCCUGAAAAACAUGUAGGUUGCUUUUAGUUAAAAUUGACACUUUUAAAAAAUGUUUUAUCAUUUGGUGUUUCCAUUGCUUUCAUCAAUCUUCUGGCCAUGCUCAGUAUGAAACCAGCUGAACUGAUUGUGUGCUGAUAAAUACAGACACAUGCUCCCGUCAUGCAGAUUUUCUCGUCAAACCUAAAUCUAUUGCUUUAGCACCCUAAAAGUAAGUUCUCUUUUCAUAAAGUGAAUUCUAAUAUGAUUGCCUGAUGCUGAUGCUUGAGUGUAAAUGACUUGGUGUGUUUGAACAAACAUGUAUAGCUUUGGGAUGUAUUGGUCAUGCAGCUGUAUUUUUUUUCCCUUUUGAUACAAAAGUGAUUGUAGAUCAUUUAUGUCACUUGUGUGUAAAUGAAUUUAAUUUAAUGCAAUUUAAAGGAGCAAUGACACAUGAUGGUGAAGAGAUAAAACCUGUCUUUAUAUUUGGUGUUUGAAUGACCACAGAUUAAAUAAAAAAAAAAUGGACUAA